AAUCUCAAAAUGAUGAAAAUGACAAUUUUUGUAAAAAAAAAAAUAAAUAAAUAUCUAAACCAAAGGAGGAUUUGCAACCACCGUGACACCCCUCAGAUUCGCUACUUCAAUAUUACGUAACAUUCACAUCACGCACACACACUACGACGUCUCCGGAACACAAAAAGAUCAUGACAGAUUGCCUCUUAAAGAAAUCCUGCUGUUCGUUUACCUAACUACUGACUCAGUGACCCUAUCUAAAGAUCUCCAUUGAAAUCUUAGAUUUGGCAGUCGAUGUAUGAUCUAUUACAGUUAUACAUACACCUUUAAAUCAUCCGUAUUUAAUCAGUGCAAUGCAAUAGCUGCUUAGUCCAUAUUUAACACGACCAUGAUUCGUAACGAGAUUUAAAAAAGGAAGAAAACUGCUUUUGGUUUUGUUGUAACAAAUAGAGCCCCAGAGUACAAAACCUGUAGCAGAUAUAUACGGACUUAUAUAACACAGCGGAUAUACGGAUCUAUAACACAGUGGAUACAAGGAUCUUUAUACACGGAUUUAUAUAACAACGGAUAUACGGACUUAUAACAAAGCGGAUACACGGACCUAUAUAACACAGCGGAUAUAUGUACCUAUAUAACACGGAUACACAGUACUAUAUAACACAGCGGAUACACGGAUUUAUAACACAGCGGAUAUACGAAUCUAUAUAACACGGUGGAUAUAUGAACCUAUAUAACACGGUGGAUAUACGGACCUAUCUAAUACGGUAGAUAUACGGAACUAUAACAGCGGAUAUACGGAUUUAUAUAACACAGCGGAUACCCCGAUACUUUAAGACGAACUCGAUGCAGACAAGAUGGAGGAUAACCAUAUUCCCUGCUUACUGGAGUGUGACGAGUGCGAGAUCGAGGUCGGUGAAUUCCUGUGUAAAAGCUGCCCCGGAUAUCUGUGUACCAGGUGUAAAACUCAACACGCAAAGAGACGGAUCACCGGACAUCAUCUCAUCACGAGGCUCUCCGGAAAGACUUCCAUGAAACUCCUGAGACACCUUACGGACAAACCGGAGCAGACUGCGUGUGUUGAGACGGAUCUAGAGUACCAGCUCGGAGUCCGCUGUUUGAGCACUUCGAAAGUUUUAAUAUUCGGCAAUGACCGUGAAAUCCGAGUGGUUGAUGACCUGGGUUGUAGUCAUGCUUCAAUAGCCACGGACACCGAAGUUUCUCCGGACGGAAUGGCAAUUUUACCAGACAAGAGUAUUUUGUACAGCGACAUUGAGACGAGACGGAUACUUCACGUUACGGAAGAAAAGGGGUCACAGACGCUCGUGACCACUGACUGGAGUCCAGCAGGACUCUGCGUCACGCAAUCCGGUCACAUUCUUGUUGGUCUCUUCCAGGACUCUUCCUACGUCACCGACCAGAAGGGGAAAGUAGAGGAAUACACGCUGUCCGGAAGUAAAGUAAGGGAGAUCACCGGCGAGGACCAGGACCUCUACAGUCGACCGGAAUACAUCGCCGAAAACUAUAACCGUGACGUCAUAGUAAGCGAUUAUAACAUGAAAAGAAUCAUUGCCGUCAAUCAUCGGGGCCAGUUUCGGUUUUCUUAUAGCGGCGGGGUCACGAAAAACAAAUCGCAACAGUUCUUGCCGAUGGAGAUCGAUACCGACACUCUGGGUCACGUGAUUAUUGCCGACCAGUUUAGACACAGUGUUCACGUGAUUGACAAAGAUGGCGCUUUUGUUCUUCUGCUUCUGACGGAGGCUGCGGGGAUUAAAGAUCCACAUGGCCUCUGUUUCGACGGAGUGGAUUCUAUCUGGGUGGCUGAACAAGAAUCGCGAAAGGUGAAGAGGUUCAAGAUUUUAGAAGACAGAUAAAGAGAGAUCUAGUAUUCUACCCGCGGCGUUAAUGCGUUUCAUCCUGUAUGCCAGUAGUAUUGUAAAUCAUCUAUCUAAAGGCGUUUUGUUUUUGCUUGUUCUUCAUUACAAUAUUUGUAUUUAUAGUCAUAUGAUAAUCGAGGAAGUUUGAACUCAUGUCGCUUAAUUAGUUAUUCAUGCAUAUGUACAGAGAAAUGUUACAUUAAAUAAAAGAUUUUAUGCGGAAAAAAA